UUAUAAAUGGAAAAAAAAGAUGUGCCCUCUGUCAUUGAGGGCUGCAAAGGGUAGCGACUGGCUGGAGCACUCAGGUGCAGCAGAGAGAGGGGUCAGAGCAUGAGUUCCAAGUCAAAAUACGUCGGGAUUAUCGGAGCACCUUUCUCCAAGGGACAGCCACGAGGUGGGGUGGAAGAAGGCCCUACAGUAUUGAGAAAGGCUGGUCUGCUUGAGAAGCUUAAAGAACAAGAGUGUGAUGUGAAAGAUUAUGGGGACCUUGCAUUUGCUGAUGUCCCUAAUGACAGUUCCUUUCAAAUUGUGAAGAAUCCAAGGUCCGUGGGCAAAGCAAAUGAACAGCUGGCUGGUGUGGUGGCAGAAGUCAAGAAGAACGGGAGAGUCAGCCUGGUGCUGGGCGGAGACCACAGUCUGGCAGUUGGCAGCAUCUCUGGCCAUGCAAGGGUCCACCCUGAUCUUGGCGUCAUUUGGGUGGAUGCUCACACCGAUAUCAACACUCCACUGACAACCACAAGUGGAAACUUACAUGGACAACCUGUAUCUUUCCUCCUGAAGGAACUAAAAGGAAAGGUCCCCGAUGUACCGGGAUUCUCCUGGGUGACGCCCUGCUUAUCUGCAAAGGACAUCGUGUAUAUUGGCCUGAGAGACGUGGACCCUGGGGAACACUACAUUUUGAAAACUCUGGGUAUUAAGUACUUUUCAAUGACCGAAGUGGAUAAACUAGGGAUUGGCAAGGUGAUGGAAGAAACACUCACUUAUCUGCUUGGAAGAAAGAAAAGGCCAAUUCAUCUGAGUUUUGAUGUUGACGGGCUGGACCCAUGUUUCACACCAGCUACUGGCACGCCAGUCAUGGGAGGUCUGUCUUACAGAGAAGGUCUCUACAUCACAGAAGAAAUUUACAAAACAGGGUUACUCUCAGGACUAGAUAUAAUGGAAGUGAACCCAUCUCUGGGGAAGACACCAGAAGAAGUAACUCGAACAGUGAACACAGCAGUCGCAAUAACCUUGGCUUGUUUUGGAGUUGCUCGGGAAGGAAAUCAUAAGCCUAUUGACUAUCUAAGUCCACCUAAGUAACUAUGAAAAAAAAAUCUCACGCUUAAUGACAUAACUAGUGGUUCUAAUAAUUUACUUAAGCCUGCACUUAUUGUCCUAAAAAGUUGUUCCUUCAGAAAAAUAUUUUUCCAAUUAAUAUAAACUUUACCAAAUCCCUCUUUGCAUGAAAUUGAAGAUUUGGUCAUUCUAACUUUUGCAUAAAUAAAAGGCUUUUAUAUCCCAUUUUGGCAAAAAGACUUAUCCUUAGAAAAAGAAUUAUAUAUUAAUUUCCAAUUAUACGUUUCCUGACAUUAAAAAAAAAAGAUGCAGCUAUAUGAGGUUCCAUGCAUAGAGUGGAACUCCUGAUAUCAGCAGACAAAGCUGCAUCGCCUGGAACGGUACCACAUGUCCAUGUUGCUCAAAAGACGGGGUUUUUAUAAUAAACUCUUUAUAACAAGA